GGCAGGCGGCGCUGCUGCCGCGAGCGGGGCCCGGAGCCUCGGGCGGCGGGGGGCUUCGCCGGCCCUCAGUGAGCACCCGGCAGCGCGGUGCCUGCCUCCUUCCUGAAGCGUAGCGGCGAGAAAGGCAGGGGAAGUGCGGUAUUUAUUUCUGUGGGGCCUCGCUCCGCCCCGCGGCCCCCAACGAGGGGCAGGACCCAGGGCACGGCUGGCCGCAGCCUCGCCUCGCCUCGCGCCGUGCCGGGCGCUGGAUGCCAGCCCCGCCGCGCUGCCGCGAGCCCGGCGGCGGCGGCUGGGCGUUUGGAGGUGUGCGCGUGUGCUUAACCCCUUCUUGGCUCCUCGGACUUGUACCAUGCUGAAGGUCCUCACCAAAAAGCUCAGGAACCAGACUUUGAACGAAAUUCAGCCUUUCCAGCUAAAGAUCUCCUACCCCCCAAGUGAUGAGGACAGCGAUGACUCUGAGGGAGAGAACCAGGAACUUGUUCAAAUCGACAGAGAGAGAAGACGGAAUUGUACCUUGACCCCUCUGGCCACCAACCAGCUACAGAAUCAGGAGAACCAAUGCUGCAAGGUCCGGGCUCUUCUCCAUGCCAGCCUGGAUCGCCACAGCUCGGAAGAGGAGCUGGAGCGCAUCAACCGAGAGUUUGCCGCUGAGAAGCGGAAGUGGUCCCAGGUCAGCAGGCUUGCAUGCUGCAGUGACAGCAACAACACCUCCUCCAGUGACGAAGAAGUGAAGAACUUGUGUGCCAUGUCCUUCCAGCCUGUUGCAGAGCAGGCUGAUGGUCUGCAUGCAAGCCCAAGCCCUGUGCUGUUCAGUGCCUCCCCUCCCAAGAGACUCCAGCCUCUGGUGCGCAACCCAGCCUCUAGACCUUUAAUCCUGACGAGUGUUGGGGCAGGCCUUGAGCAAGUCAUGCCAUGUAAGAGACAUCGGCAAGGAUAUGGGGAUAAGAUCUGCAGGCCCAGCCUUGACCUGGAAAAAAUGCAGCAGGAGACAUUCAGAAGGUUGGCAAGAGUGAUGUGUCUCCUGUGCUGGUGUUCACAGAUCUGUGGAAGUACUGAAGCUCUUGAGCACUGAAGCGUGUGGGUAAAAGAACUGGUUGCAUCACUUCUCAUGUCAGAGAGGAUUCUGUGUUGUGCCACAUGCAGCCAUGAGGGUGUGGACAGAGGGGAUGCAGUGGGAUAUCAAAGUCCAUGAGUGCUCAUCACCAGCAAUGAACGAAGCUACCUACUUAGAAGGAUGGACAAAGAACCAGGCAAAGAAUGUGGGCUCCAAUGAAAUCCUUGCAAGCUGCUCACAUUGGUACAGGCCCAGGCCUGCUAUAUAAGAGUUGGUAGAUCAAGCUCCAUCACAAGCUUGGAGUUGUGUCCCAGAAAUGGCACCCAAAGCCCCGUGUGCUGUUCAGUGCUGUGCUGCAAGGAAGGUGUGGGCUGGGACUGAUGCACUGGGAUGUGGUUCACAUCAUAGGCAGGCAGAAUGUUCUGUAAGCACAGUGGUUAAUUACACAUUUUAUAAAUGGCUUAACUCCUUGGAGUAAGAGGCCUUUAUCCUGCUAGCUAGCCAGCCAUUUCAGGGUGUUUACUUGUCACUACUGUGUAUGUGAGGCUCAACAGGGAGCAGGAGAACAGGGGGACAGGUAGAUAAGGUUGGAAAACUUGAGAAUGGUUGGGUUACUUCAUCACUUCUUUCUGUAGAGACUAAGGUUCUACUACUGCAAUUUCCAAGAUGUUUACAAAGGAAAAAAAAGUCUAUCUGGUCUGUUAAUCAUCUUCUGACCUGUGAUUUCUAAUAUAGUACUUAUGUAAAAUUAUGUUCACAUGUCCUUGCAAACAAAUGGGAUCUCACAAAUAAGCAUAGUCAUGAAGGAAGAAGAUGCUGAAAUAACUGUGCUGACAUGACGUGCACGUGUUGGUCAGAAUAGGAAGAAAUGGGACUCUGUAACCUGUGUUCAGACUCUGUGGAGCCUGAACCAGCUCCAUGGCUUGGGAUGUAUGCUUGUUUGUUUCUUUGAGGCAGGUUUGUUUUGACUUCUCAGAGCUAUUUUUGCAGUCAGUCUGCAUUUGGCUUGUUCAGAGCUUCUCUGCCGUCCACAAAUUCAAGUUUUCAUCUGAAGAUAUGACCUUGCGUAUUUUCUGUUUAAGGUUGUCUCUGUGUGUGCUGUUGGCAGCACUGGCUUGAACCCAACGCAAGGGUUCCCAAGGAGUGGUAUCCUUUGCUGUGCUCAGCUGGUGAGAUGAUGGGAGGUGAUUCUAAAUCACCUUUGGAAUUUCCAUUAUAAAGAACAGGCUAUGUGUGCCAUCAGUGCCACUUGAGAUAGUUUAGAGCAGUGAGUGUAUCCUGUGUUGCUCUGCUUUGAGGAGCUCCACUAAGAGCAAUCUUCUGUCUGAGAAUUUAUGGUGCUGAUGUGUGUUUUGGGUUCUGCCCAGACAAACCCACUGAUCUCCAUUGGCCAUCUUCUGGUGGGUUAGAGCUGAAUACAGUAUUUUUCUUACACCUCCGGAAAAGUGCCUUUGCCUUAAAGGGUAUAGUUAGCCAGGUUUGGGAGCUGGUGAGCAGGCAUUCAAAGUCAUGUAUCCUUGUAACCACAGAUACCUGAUAUCACCAUCUAAAACAUUCAGGUUCGCUUUCAAUUUGUGAAGGAAUUGGCUUAAAAAGAGAGCCCCAAAGCAGUUGUGAGCUCGUUUUGUUUUGUUUUUUUGUUUGCUCUCCACGUGUACAACUCUGCUUUCAUCUGCUGGGCAGAACCUGUGAGAGUGAGCACCCUUCUCAAAACCUGCUGCCCCAGAUGUUCAGGCUGUUGGCUGGCUGGUGUGUGGGGGACCCUGUGACUGGCCUGUGAAACCACAGAACCUUUGGAUGGAGGACACAGUCAUGUUCUCAGUUAGCUGAGGGUGCUGGUAGAGCGUCAGGGACACCCUCUGGUGUGCCUGUGUCCCUUGGGGUUGGAAUGGCCCUCUCUGAGUAUUCUUCCUCUUUGUGUCUUUGCAAUGUCACGUCUGACAAGUCUGUACCUUUCACUGAUUUUUCUUGCAUUUUAUUUCUUUCCCAGGCUAUACAGCUGUAGGAUUUUUCAGAGCCCUCUCUGUGUCUUCCUGCUCACAGGAAACUGUUUACUCUAUAGCCUGACUUGUGCUAAUGUUUUAACCCCUUCUUGGUGCACUGGGGAGGCAGGAUUUGAACAGUGAGCAUCAGGAGGUGCUGAGGUUGCUUGUUUUGAGCUCCUAGUGCUGCUGCAGGAGGCAGACUGCCUUCUGCCCUCACUCUGCCUAUGGCAAAACUCUGUGGGGAGGGAGGGCUUUGGAGUUGUGUCCAAGACAAGGCUCUGGUUAAUGGUCACAAGUUGGAACUGCAAAAGUGAAACAAAGUACAGAGACAUCAGAUGAUAUGUUAGACGACUGGAUGUUCCCCAUGGACAGCUUUGAAGCCAAAGCUGGGAGUGAAGGGAGGAAACGGUCACGUUGGCAACCCUGAAUUUAAAUCCUGUGAGCUUUUUCUCAGGAGCUACUACAGCUGCCAGAUGUGAAACCAAACCCUUCCUCCCCUCCUAAGCUCUAGUGAGGAGGAGCAGUGAACCCAGCGUUUAAGCUGUGGUAGCUUUGGUGUGUAGGGGUGAGUGAUAGGAAAUUAGUGAAUCCUGCCCCUUCUUAAUAUUUUUGUUACUCCACAGGUGCUGGAGUUUUUGGUCAGGUCCAUUUCCUGAACAAAUGGAGUUCUGCAUUUUUUUUUUUUUUUUCAGGCCUCAAAGAAAACUCAGCAAGGGAUUUGGGAUUGGCGAGGAGUGAAUAGAUGAACCAUCUGAUGUACCCUGCAGAUCAGCAGACUCAGACUCUGCCAGACCAGCAGGGGAAGUGGCAGCUGAGCCAGAGAUGCUCUGUAUAGAGUGUUCCAUUCCCCUAUCCCAGUAUCCCCUAUCCAUUCAAAUCAAAGGGCUAGUGGUGGAAGUGCCAGGGCAAACCUGGCUUACAGAUCCCUAUUUAGGGAGUCAGGGCUUCCAUAUAGAUCCAGAGCAUAUUUAGAAAUCAUAUGCCACAAAGAUGACCAAGGAACAGUAGAAAACCAGAGUCAUCUACAGACAGGCAAGAAGUCUGUUUGUGUAGGCCAUAAUUGUGUAAGUAGGUUACAGUGUUUGCAUUAGCUGUGGCUCUAGUGUGAUAUUCAGGGAGAGCUUCAAAGAGCAGAUUGUAAGCAGAAUAAUGUUAUCUGCUCCCUGGGCCUUGGGAGUGGUGGGAAUUCAGUUGUUCUGCCAGGUGGCAGACCUUGCUGGCCAGGCUUUGACUCAGAUCCUUCUGCAGCAGGCAUUACCCUGAGCAUUAGGUGCCACUCCAUUGCAAUCAUUUGUGCAUCUUUCCCAAUUUAGAUUUGACUGGUUUGCUCUUGUUUAGAGAGUGAUCUGUCGUGGGAAGAUGUACUGUACCUGCAGUUAAAACUGACUUGUGAUUCAGGGCCAUUUCAUAUUUGCUGUCAGUUCUCACCCAUUGGUCUUAGUAGUGGCAGCCCAGUGCCUCCCAGUAACGCACCAAAUAAAGUGACUAAUGGCAUCAUGCUGUAGGGGAUUUUGUGACCACUCUGUUUUUUUGAGGGUUUUUUUUUGUGUGAUUUUCAUGGUGUAUGAUCCUUGACAAGUCCCCCAUAGUACACAUUUUUGUGAGGUUUUUUUUUUUUUUUAGUUUGAAUUUGUUCUUAGCAAUCACUUGGUAAUCAGCAUUUUCUCUGUAUAGAGGCACUAAGCAGUCAGUGUUUACACUAAAAUAGAGGCAUUGGGUUCAUACUGUUUGCUGGCCAGGGGUGUUGCCUGAAAAACUGGGGCUCCUCCAUCUGUUAGAAAUGGGAGCUGUUUAUAAUGAUGUUCACAGACCAAAUGUGUUAAUGUUUUGAAGGAGUUUCAGCUUGAAGAUAAGUGUGGCAAAAAAAAAUUAAAAUGUUUUAGUGACUAAUUCCAUGGAAUAUGAAAUAGAAACAACUUUCUAGAAAGUUCAGAGGCUUUUCAGGAUAUUCCAAAAUAUUACACAAAAUUUACAGCCUUUGGAUGCUGGAGUUUGUUUUUGUAGGAAGAGCCUGCUGGCCAAACCGCUUGGGUUGACUUGUAUUUUAGAGUGCUCUGAGGCUGCUUAACUUCUGGUGGAGCAGUGUCCAGUUUCUGACAGAUUUUAGUUAUGAUUUAAGGCUGUAGCUGAAAUGGAUCUUUCCUAAUGCUGCCCAGCUGCAGGGAUGGGGUGGGACCUUUGUGGUAGUCUUGCACGUGUGGGUACUGCCUUGGUACACGGCAUCCCUGGUUGAAGGCUGCACAGGGGGUAAUACGUAUGCAGAGCAACCUCAGGUGACAGCUGGGAAGGCCUUGCCCCCUUGUUUCUCUGCUGAUUAAAGUCACGUGUGCCCGGGAGUCUGAACACUCCAAUUGCAAGAUAGCUGAGUCGUGCACCUGGUGGUGCCUGCAUGUCCCUGUGCUAUACCCCUGACUCCAGGCUGCAGCCAGCUGGAGUUGCUUUCCUCUACAGCUAUACAGCCAAUGACCUACCCUUUUUUCUUGCAGCUCUUAUACUGCAGAGUUAAGAGGUGAUACUCAUCCCAUAGCAGCACUGCUCAGUGCCAAGGAAUUUAAAUAAAAAGCCUGACAUCAGCCUCUAAAACAGCUUAAAAAGUCUUCUGCUUGCUGUCUUCCUAAGCUGAUCAGAAUGGAAGACCUGGCUUUGUAUUUGAAGGCACCUGUUACCCUAUAAGAGAAAUGAAAGUAGCUGUAUUUUGGUUCCCUUGCUACCUGGGCCAGUGGCUCAGCACCACUUACUUGGAUGGGACAUGCCUGCCCUUGUCAGUGGUGGGUUUGUGAAGAGGUGGCUGGAGCUGUUGUAUAAAGGACACGUCAGAAGCUUCAGUCUUGCUGCUGGGCUCAGCGUGGGGCACGUGGGGUUUCAUGCCUCACUUAUAGGAACAUUACUAUUGGGAGUAGCCAGUCCCUUUCUUUUAAUUCAGGAGCCUCUUGCCCCUGUGGCCCAUUGGGCUGGCCGCUCUGUGCCAUAUGGUGGACGGGGGCGGGUGGCAGGCACUUUGCUCAGGAUCUGAACACCCUCUGCCCACCACAGGUGCACCCCAGCCUUGCACCUUAAAUUUCCUCGGGCAUGGCAGGCAGAGUACAGCCAAAACUUGGCUUUGGGGCUGCUGGAGAGGAGGUUGAGCAGGCUCCCAACUCUUGCACACCUUCCCAGGAGAAAGGGCCAUAAGAUGCGCUACUCUGGCCACCUUGGUGCCUUCACCUGCUGUGGCACUGGGCUGAGCUCAUGCAGUGUUGCUUCUGCACUGGUGUCUACUUCACCUCCUGUCACAAGAAGCAUGCUGUUACCAUUUCUGCCCUUCCCUUCUCAGGUCACAAGGCUGUUUUGUUGAGUUUCUGUUGGUUUUGGUCUUUCAUGGACAAACCAUUGCUGGGCAUGGUUUCCUGUACUCCUUCUAUCUCAGCCUUCUGCUCUGUCCUCAAGAGUGCAGUUUAUGCGUGUUGUAAUGUUUCCUGGGGCUUUGUAGUUUUUCCUGUUUCAGUUCUUUUUUCCAAACGAAGCCACAUCAUCUGUCUGUUUCUAUAUUUACGUUCUUUGUGAUAGACACUCAAGCUUUGAUUGCUUUGUUGUUCCUUCUGCUUAAUGUUCUUCCAGAAGCCUGGUUUGAAGUUAAAUUGUAGCAAACUUGCUAAACACAGUCUUAUUUUGUUACUGCUUUGAAAUCGUUUCAGUAAAGAAGUGAAAAGUCGGAACAAGGUGAUUGCAUAUCAAUAUAUGGAGUUUGAAGUGUGCUGAUUUAAUGUAAAUUAAAUGAUGGGUUAACUUGCACUGAAAGUUUCUAAGCACUCUUCCACCAAAUCAACUAAAACUGGUGUGGAAAAAUAAUAUUUAAGCUGUAUCCAACAGCUUACAGGCCCUUAGGUUUAAAGCUGCAACCAGGUAAUGAAAUAUAAUAAUGAAUGAUAAUAAUUAAAAAAAAAUAAAUAGAAUUAGGUAGGCAACAGAACUGUUGUCCUGUGAAGAUAAUAAAAAUGAAACCAUUAUAAAAACAGAAAUGUGCAUAUAAAAAGGAGGUGUGAGGUGAAAGGUGUUUACUAAUAUACAGGUUGACACUUUGCACUGUACACUGAUUCCAGCAAUUGACCAGGCUCCUAAAUCUUUGAAAAUUAAGCUCUGGUACCUGAUUUUGAACUGUCUAUAGCCAGCGUCAUAAAUAUUUAUUUUGAACCUCAGUAGCAUGACAUAAAUUCCCCUUUCUUGAGGAUUGCACUGUUCCUAGAAGGAUCUUGCAGUAACGAUAUCUAUACGCUUUGUUUGCUAAUAUAUCUUACAGUCAUUUGUGAUGCUGCACUUUGUAUAAGCAGUGACGUCUGUGCAGCACUUGCUGUCUGGCUUAGGUUUGUGACUGUUCAAACUGAUGUUAGAGGGCUCCAGUUAGGCACUGCUGCCUAACUGGAGAUUUUUCCUGAAAUGAGGCUGAAUGAGAGCGCUGUGCUCUUCGUGGGGCAGGGGUGGUGGUUCGUCUCUGGUGUCAGUGUGGUAUUUUGAUGUGGCGGUGACAUGCCACGAAGCUGUGCGUACCAGUUCAAGGGCUCAUUACAGUGUGUUAUUCUGUAAAUACAUAACCCUCAAAGUGAUCGUUUCCAAUUCCUGCAGCUUCAUUUUAGAUCCAGAUCCAAGAGGGAGGGAGUUGCUGGGUUAUGAGCAGAGAGCAUUUGUGUAACAGGAGGUGGAAUGGGUGGGAGGGUUCUUAGCCUGGACUGAUUCUGCUGUUUUCUGGGACUUUAACCCUAAUAUGUUCCAAUUCAAAUGUGUUUUUAGAGUGAAGCGUUAACUCCUAUGCCUUCAAAAAAAAAAAAAAAAAACUUUCCACAUUUCCUUAGCCAUGUCAUUUCCUUCUUUUAAGCAGAAACAACGGCAGAUCAUAAAACAAACUUUCCACCAUGUGAGUAAUAGUGCUCCCAGGUUGUAGGUUUCAGCUCUGAUGCCAACGCUUCUGUCUGAGACCAGCAGGAGGGACUUUAAUUGAAGUAAAGAGGCUGAGCCUCUCUUCUUUCUUCCAUUUCUUUUAUUGCAGGUGGAACAAAGAAUCUCAGAAACCAAACCCUACAAUUUAUUCUCAGCUCUGCUACUAAUAUUCUCCAUGACCUUCAGCAAAUCUCUGCUCUUCUCCUUGUCAUAGCUCUUGAAAAGUGAGGAAACAAAACUGCUCUUCGAGAUUGGCCUGGGAGUUAGGAAUAAUCCCAGGGUUACUAAGCUGAUUAAUAAAGUGAAUGUGUCACCUUUUUUAUGGGCUGUUCUCCCUGGCUGUAGGCUACUGCAAGUCAUGUAGCCAAAUAAAUGUUAUUUCAGCUCUGCCUGUAUCUAUGUAAAUAGGAGUUAAUGAGUUGCUUUGUCUCAUGGCCAGCUCCAAAGGGAGGAUGAGGAGAGGCUGCUGUGGAAAGUCCCCAGAUGUUGCUAGGCACUAUAGCUUUGCAGCUUCCUUCUCCAAAACUCUGCUCAGGUUUGGCAAGGGGAGGGAAAACCAACUGAUGGAAAGCCCUACAAAAAUGCAUUGCUUACAUUUUGUAAAGCAUGACUUUACUGUGCUGGGCACAGAGAGUGUGUGGCUGCAAGUGAGGUGGAAGCAAUUUGGUUAGAUAGAAAAAUAUUCAGUAACUGGCCUUCUGUUUAUUCAUUCUCAGCUGCAGGAUCACGUGGCUUGCUUGUUCUCUUUCCCUUCUGUUCCUCCUCCUGGUGUUUAUUUUUUUGUUGUUGUUUUUGUUUUGUUUUUUGUUUUUUGUUUUUUGCUUCUGACUGACUCUCUUGGACUCUUGCAGUGAAGCUGGAGGAGUGCAGCAUCAGUGGUCUUGCCAUGCUUCCAAUUUAAGUAGUAACAGGAAAACCCAAUUAUUCCAGAGGGUUUCUUCUGCUGAGGUUUGUGCUCCACAUUUACAAACUGCAGAUGAGGGGGUGUCAUAUUUGGAUUUUAGUAUCAAGUCUAUCAAAUAGUACAGUGGAGAUUACAACUAACACAAACUGUUUUGUAGAGCAUCUUGCUCUUACUACAAAAUGCAACAUCCUUGAACCGUAGCAAAUAGCGUUAAGAUCCUUUUACCAUUAAGGCUUGGCAUGACAGCAUCAGUGAAAAGAGCACCUCUGUUUCCUGCCAGAAGUGUAGGACUUCAGAUACAGCUGAGCACUUGAAUUCCUCCUAGUAAAGUCUGGCUGGUUGUCAUCCACCCACAGCUUGUUCAGACUUUUCAGUCAGUCUUUGUCAUCUCUUCUAAAAGGUGUAAUUACUAUCUCUGUUGUUCCUCUCUAGUUGUCCUAAUAUGAGGCCAGGAUGAAUAUAUUUAAGGUUUUGUUGCCUCUGCUAAUGUGUAGUUGGGAAAAUAGUGAGUUUUGUGGCACCCUCAUGGAGUCAUAAGGGGACCAGAGUAUGGGACCUUGCUAGAUAUUGGGUUAGGCUGGAAAGUAUUGUGCUUUUCCCCUUUCAGCAGAGGAUCCCAUGGUGCUUCUGAGGCACUGCAGAAUGCAGUGUCACUGCCUUGCUCCUCCAUCCUUGGGGAUUCACCCAAGUACUAUGAAGCUGAGCUUUACAGUUGUCUGAAGAAGCAGAGAGUCUACACAACCACACAGGUUUUCCAACUUGUAGUUAAAUGGGUAUGGCAUGAUAUGUCCUGCUGUAACAGUGUUCCUCCCUCAAAUAGUAGGGAUUGGCAGCAUGAGUUCCAAUUCUCACUUUCAUUACCUGACUCCACUUUCUCUUGCACAUUUUAUCCCACCAAUGGGCUUGUGGCUUUUGUUAUCUAGCCUACCUGGUUUGUGCAGAGACAUGUUGAGUCCUUUCUGGUUAGAAAAUCUGGGUCUGUGCUGACAUGGCAGCCUAUGCUUCCAAGUCAGACUGAGAGGCAGAGGUAUUGGGUGUGGCCACAAAUGAGCCCUCUGAUGAUUAACAGAAGUAAGAUUGGGAUUUAUCUGCAAAAGCGUUAAAAGAAAAAUUGCAGAAAUCAUUGCAGCACUUACCUUUGCUCCUGUGGAUGUUUGUACUUUCCUCAGACCCCAAAGUACACAUGCACAGGCUUCAAGAUAUGUUGCAGAGUCCUUCUCUUUGCCAGACAUACGGGUGUGCACUGUGUGCUGAGGGUUGGAUUUUGGAUCUGAGUGUGGUGUGUAGAAAUGUGGAUUUCCAGCCCCCUUUCCAGCUUAGGGAAGGGUGUGUAGAUUAGCUCUGCAAAGAUAUAUUUGUGGAGCAUAGAAUGGCAGAAGCUGUUGGAGGAGUGGGAUUUCUACUGCACAAGUACCUUCUAUGGAAAAAAGUGUUUGUUCUUCUUGGCACUGUUGUUGGGUUUUUUGGUUUUUUUUUUUCUGAAUUUGGAGGUGGGAGUGCAUAUA